CUCAUGAAAAACAUCCUUUCUAGGUAUACCGUAUACCCUUAAACUAGUAUAGGGCUUUCCUCUCGACCUUUUGUAGCCUUUAGGCUUACCCACAAAUUUAUAGCUUCGUUGGGUCAUUGUUAUGAGUUCGAUGGCUCGCAAUAAUUGGCAGAUGUAAAACCACUUAGCUUUAUUGAUCAUGAGAUCUGUAUGUGAACUGUUUUCGGAUAGUCAAACUAACACUGGUCUACGUCUUCGAUCUACUAACUUCAAUCACGGACAAAAAUGGCGGAGUCUUUGAAAUGACCAAAGUGCCCAUCUUGAACAAGCAUUACCCAAUUUAAGAUAUCGGGUGAUAUAGGUAAUUUGAUAUGUACCUUCCUUCUGGCCUGACGCUCGUGAAAACAAUAAUGGGGAACACCAAACAUGCUUCAACUGCUACUCAGAUCCUCCAUUAUUAUUUUCAUUAAAUCUCAUAUCGAUCCCCACUGGUUCCUUCCAAAUAAUUGCUGUUUUGCAGGUUUUCAUUGUUUCACUGGGAGUGUGAGUUUUGUGACGUCAUAACGACAGUCUGGUCCCAUGGCUGAAGAAAGUUAAGGGACCUUGGUGCUCUACAGCCACUCUUUAUUCUCUUUCAUUGUUGUGGUUUUCUUGAAAUUGUUGCAGGUUUUGUUGGUGAGAUAGCAUUUAAGUUAGACGUAAAUUAAAUUUAAAGCACCCAUUUUGGUUGAAUCUUGGAUAGAAAAGGGUGGCAUUAAAGAUAGCAAAUGCAGACUCCAAAAACAAGCGUAAAGAGCUCUUCAGGCUCUGAAGGUGGUCGGAAGAGCUCUCCUCGAUCUGUUACUUUAGAGACUAGACAAAGGAGCACAGGUCGUGUUGUUCGACAACUCAAGACAAGUGGCCUUGAAGCAAACUCUUCUACAAGUAUUAGAACUCCAAAAACAACAAGUACUAAAAUUCUUGAUCGCACAUCACCAAGAGGACUUGAUCCUGAGAAGAAACGUCAAGGGAGAGUUGCCGAACUUGAAACACAAAUUAGUCAACUGGAGGAUGCUUUAAGAACUGUUAAAGAUCAACUAAUUGUGUCUGAAUCAUGGAAAAAACAAGCCAAGUUAGACGCAGAAGAGUCGAGGAAAGAGCUUUUAGCCAUAACUUUAAAACUUGAAGAGUCUCAAAAGCUCUUGGCUUUGUCUUCUUCCCAUGAAACCCAUUCGAACCAUCUAUCAGCAUACGAGGAGAUACGUGUCUUGAAAGAGAAUAUGGCUCAACAGCUUUCGAUCAUGGAGGAAAUGAAGAACCAACUUGACGAUUCCAGAAGUUCAGAGUCUCAGGCCCAGACUUUAGCUAGCGAAACUUUACAACAACUCGAAACAGCAAAAAAAACAAUGGAGUCAUUAAAGACAAACAGUGAUGAUUACAACGCUAUUGUUUCGGAGCUACACCAAUCAAGAGCACGCGUAAGUUCGUUAGAAUCGAUUAUUGAAGAAAUGAAUGCAAAAGAGAAGCAAAGUGAAUCCAAAGAGAUUACUGAUUUGAAAGCUGAACUCGAAAAUUUGAAAUCACGUCAAGCAUGGGAGAUUAAUGGCGAAUUGAGGAAGUCGAAAGAAGAUGUUGAUGCGUUGGCGUUGAGAAUUUGGACGAUUGAUGGACCGAAUUGACCGAAUUGCAAUGUAUUCUUGAGGAGAACGAAGAUCUGAAUGCGAAACUGAAAAACUUGCGAGAAAACGAGGUGGGAAACGAGUCAAAACAAGAUUUCGAGAGUUUAAAGUCGAAAUUGACGAGUUUAGAGACGGAAUUAAGCGAAAAGUGCGAUGAAAACGAGAUGCUGAAACUGGAAAUCAAGAAAAUGAAAAGCUCAACGGAGGCAAUGAAGAAGAACAAAGACGAAGUUGCAAAUGUGACUGAACGAUUAGAGGCUGUGAAGAUGAGCAACUGUGAAAUGGAAGAAGAGUUGAGAAGGCUGAAAGUGCAGAUGAGUCAAUGGCGGAAGGCUGCGGAGGCGGCUACUGAUAUGCUUUGUGAUAAGAACAGUGAUAACAAUGGCCGGAUGUUGGAGGAGAGAACAUGGUCGAUGGGCCAUUUUAGUCCUAGGAAGAGGAUGAACAUGAGUUCACCUGGUAGUGUAGAGAUUGAUGAUGAUGAUGAUGAUGAGUAUUUGAAGAGGAAAGAUGGUAAUAUGCUUAGAAGGAUUGGAGUGUUGUGGAAGAGGCCACAAAACAAAUGAUCAUGAUAGAGGUGGUAUUGUGGUUGGAAAUUGAUUGAAAUUUUUAUGAACAUUUGUAAUUUUUAGUUUUAUUAUAAAAGAAGCAUUAUUGUAUUUUAAAAAUGCAAAAGGAGGC